AUGAUAAUCAAAUAUUUUAGCAACAACGAACGACACAAGAUCUUACGAAAAAACCCCCCUACAACCGCAUCGAUGUUUCCCACUCCAAAAAGACUUGAAGAGCCCAAGCUCAGCGAUACCAACGACCCAAAUGACUACGAACCUGUUUACAUCUGUUCUUACGAAAUCAAGUGCGAUGAUGACCCUGUUUUUUUUCGGCUCGAAACAACGACACUCCUCGCUUCCCGUUUUCCUUUGAUCUAUUUCGAGAUGGGCAGUGUAAUGUUGUCUUAUCCACUGGCUGGGUCAGAGAUCACAACGUGCAGGACGAUCUCCCCUCUACCGGACGAACCACACGAACCCUUUUCCACUCGUUCUACACUUUUUGUUUAUUUUUUUUUCCUGAUUGCCUAUUCCUUCUGUUCCAGAUGGCUGCAUAGCGAUGGCAUUGAAGCGUUUUAG